GGCUAAUAAAGCCUGCGUGGCGGUGCCUGGGGCUUCAGCGUUUAUAAACAUGGAGCCUCCAGAUGUUACAUUCACAGUAGCAUAUGUCGUAUUCGUGUUUUGUUUUGUUUUCACCCCGAAUGAAUUUAGAUCGGCAGGUGUCACCGUCCAGAACAUCUUUUCUGGGUGGCUGGGAAGUGAAGACAUUAAUUUCAUUGAAUAUCAUAUCAAGAGAACCAGUGUAACUCUUCUUGUUCAUUCUGUAUUACCUCUGGGCUAUUACGCGGGGAUGUGCGUGGCGGCUCCAUAUAAAAACCUGACCUACCUUCCUCUGGCCAGUGAGGGCUGGCAGCUGUACUUCGCCAUGUGCGUCACGCUGCCACUGCUGAGCGGCCUGCUUGUCCUGCACUGGUCGCGGGACAAAUGGGCCCAGCACCCGAUCUCGCGCAAACUGAUGGCGCAUGCCCUGCCCCAGUCCAGGUGGAGGGCCGUGGCUUCCUCCAUCAACACUGAAUUCCGCCGCAUCGACAAGUUUGCCACAGGUGCCGCCAGCGCCAGGGUGAUUGUCACGGACAGCUGGGUCAUGAAAGUCACCACCUACGUCCUGCACGUCGCCCAGCAGCAGGAUGUCCACCUGACCGUGGUGGAGUCCAAGGCCCAUGAGAUCUCACCAGAGUCCAACACUCCCGUGCAAUUACUGACCAUCUCGGUGAACAGCAUUAACCCCAGUGUCAAGCCGUUUGAUAUAAAGUUGAACUCCACGGAGUACGGGGAGCUGCGGCAGAAGCUGCACGCCCCCAUCCGGAACGCAGCCAACGUUGUCAUCCAUCAGACGCUAAGCGACUUGUUCCUGGAGACUUUCAAGUCCCAUGUCGAAGCGAACCAGACGUAUGAUCUGCCCAGCGGGCAGGAACUGGAGUCCUGCAUCGGCUGCAUGCAGGUUGAUGCCAACACCAAGCUGCUCAGACUGUGUCAGGAGGAUGGCGAGGGCGGGCCCGACGGUGGGGCGGGCUGCCAGAGGUGUUACUGUCGUCCCAUGUGGUGCCUCACCUGCAUGGGCAAGUGGUUUGCCAGCCGGCAGGACCAGCAGCACCCUGAGACCUGGCUGUCCAGCAGGGUGCCCUGUCCCACCUGCAAAGCCAGGUUCUGCAUCCUGGAUGUCUGCAUGGUGCGCUGAGCAGGGGAACGGCCAUCAGCACACAAGACUCUUAGGUUUUUGUCUCUGCUACUACAAGCUGAACUCCAGCUCUGAUUGGGGAAGAAAGGAAAUGACGGCAAGGAGACCUGCCCACUUAUACCCAGCCCUGUGGGGGCGGAGUUGUCGUCUGCAAUCUUUGGUAUUUGGGAUUCUGGGAAGACAGAUCACACCAAUUACUAGUUUUAUGAAGACUUUUAAAAUCAUGAUUUCAUACAUACUGCAAUAGUACUUAGUAUAGUAUAUUAGUUAUAUGACUAAUAUGAGACUGGAAGACCACAGCAAGUGGGGUUGCCUUAUGCUGUCAGGCAGCGAUGUGACCGAAUGAUUGGUCAUAUAUUAUGUCCCAGUCCCAUCCACUCAUUUCUCCCUUCUGCUGUUUCUCAGUUUGCUAUUAACAUACUCUGGCUCUCCAUUGUCUUAGUUUAAGGGGUUUCCUGUGGCACUGUUGCUGACUGAUCACUGUACAGAACAGUUAUUAAAAUAUUCAUUUGCUG